AUGGCAGCUCCCAAGACAACUGCUGCCACAACACUGACGGACAGCCCACCGCCAGAGAGACCCACCACCACCAUGGUGCCACGAUCCACUGUAGGGCUUGAGCAAGUCACCACUCCUGGUCCCAUCACCCAGAGCAGCACCCGGCCCAAAGACACCACCACCACCACGUCUACGGUCUUGCAGGCCAGGACUUCUGAGACUGUUAAAGCAGGAAACAGAUCCACAGCUGCGCCAUCAGAGACAAGCGCUCCAUGGAAACUAACAGAUUCUCCUUCAAUCAGGAUUGGGAUUCCUUUACUAGCAGUGCUGCUUGUCAUACUGUUAGCCUUCCUAUUGUGGUGGCUCUAUUUCCAGAAGCAAAGUGGUUCACAGAGGCAGGAAGAUCUUCACCUUUCAGAAGAAACCCCAAUGGCCCUCAUGGCAUCUGAGGACAAUGGCCAAGCCAGCGAUCCAGGCGACUCCUCGUCCUCUAGCGAAGGGGACCCAGUCCUACCUUCAUCUUCUACUUCCACUGGGUGA